AUGCCUCCCAAACACCGAGAUGGCGAUGUGGUCGCUGUCAUUCCCGGCCAUUGGAUCGCAUGGGCUCACACCCUCUCAGCAUACGCUGCCUUCCUCGGUGCCCUCAUUGUGGGCGUGUGGCUACACUAUACCAAGAUUGUGCAGAACGAGCACUACGGAUACCCUGUCGAAUGGUUCCCAUCCGUCAGCGCAACGAUAGGCGAUAAAUACCCCGAACGCUCGGUCUUCCAGAUCUUCAUUGCAAUAUGCUCGGGCCCCCGAUUCAUGCUCGUCUUUCUGUGGUACUGCAUGUCCAAUCGGAAGGACAGCAGUCUGUCCAAGUUUGUGGCAGGGGUGGGUGUCUUCAGGACGUUGACGUGCGGCGGAUGGACAUACAUCACGAGCACGGAUGAUCACGAUUGGCAUGACAUAUUCAUGAUUAGUUAUCUGGUCGCAACAUUGCCUUGGACCAUUGGUUGCACCAUGCUGAGUCCGCCAAACCCGGAGGCCAUUAAGUACCGCAAGUACCUAGCCUCCGCCUUCUUCGGAACGUUGGUCCCACUGGUCUACUUCUUCAUCCAGCACAAAGUGCAUCGUGUGCCCGGAGCCUACACGAUUUACGCCUUCUUUGAAUGGUCCCUUGUCCUCCUCGACGUUGGCUUCGACACCGUCACGGUAAUGGACUUCAGCAGCUUCGAGAUCGUGGUCAAAGAUGUAAAAGGUCUAGCCAGAGGGGACAACCAAAGAGUGGCCGAUGCCGUCCUUGAGAAGGAGAAGAAUCGGGCAGUUGGCCAGGUCUUCAAUGCUCGUUUCGUCUGGUCAGAAAUGCUCGAUGCUGCGGCUGAUGUGUAUCUUGGGUUCGUAUUCUGGAGCGUGCUGACCUCUCUUGGAGUGGUGGUAUGGUACUUCCCACUCUGGCACAUGGGCAUUUCGGGCUACGAAGUCGCAAUCCUCUCCACCGUCUCUCCUUUGCUGCUCGGGAUCAGACAGCUGCGAGGCUUGAUUGUUGGCAACUUGCCGGUGUUAUAUGCAACCUCUGUUGUGGGACUGUUCGCAUAUCUUCUUCAAUCGCCGGAGAGCCGACUCGGAGCUGUCAGCUUCGGCGUGUGGCAAAGCUGUCUCGCCUGGACGGCGGCAUGGUCCGGCGCGAGGAACAACCCGGCGAAGCUGGAGGCCAAGAUCUCUGCCUGGACUAUUGGACUUAUCGCAAGCAGUAUUGCCAAAUUUGCCUUCCAGACCAACAACCCGGUAUGGCCCAUCAUGAACGAGAACAAUGGAGGUUGGAACAAGACUGGUAUCCUUGUGUUCAUCUUGGCAGUAGCCAAAGCAUGGCAGGGAAGCAGCAGUGACAGCGGGAGUCGCCAACCCAGCGAGAAACCUAAGGGACCUUCCAUACUUGCCGGAUCUGGCGUGGGUGGGAUCAUCUUCGGCCUUCACUCUCUGCUGUCGGAUUCCAGCACCAUGAUCCUGUGGGUCUGGGAUGGCUACCCGAUACGAGGUCCCAUGGCUGUGCCUCACGGCGCCUGGACCAUCGCUGCUAUGGCCGUCGGUCUUGCCUUCGGCUUGUUCUACCCAAACCUCGCUCGCGGCUGGACAGCUUUCGGCAUUGGAUCGAUUGGCGCUGCGAUACUGACUUUAUCUCACCACUGGUUUGGCUACUACGGCGCCCUUACUUUGACAGUAUACAUGAUGGCUGUCACGCCAACCAUCAUCUCGAAUGCCGUUAAAUUUGCGCCUGGUCGAACCUUCUUCGUCGGCUUCUUCACCUACAAUAUCAUGGUUCUCUUCCACGUCUGGGUUGUGGCAUACGCCUUCGUGCCCGGGGGUCCGCUGGUGAGAGAACACACCGACUGGGUCAUGACUUCGAUGAUGCUACUGAUCGGUUGCGGUGUCUUCUCUGCUUUGCAAAACGGUGGAGCACCUGCAAAGCAAGAGUCUUUCCGUCCCGCAGCGAACCCAGCUGCGCGCAGGCAGAGGAGCUACUACAUCUACAUCUUGCUCUUCCUCCAGCUGCUGAGCGCAAGUGUCGCCUACCUUCGUUUCCCGUCGUACAACUACGAGCCCUACCACAAAGACGAUAAGGUCAUCACCGCAGGCAUCUGGACCAUUCACUUCAGCAUCGACAACGACAUGUGGAGCUCCGAACGGCGGAUGGAGAGCUUAAUCCGCGAGACGGAGCUUGAUGUCGUUGGUCUGCUCGAAAGCGAUCUGCAGCGCAUCAUCAUGGGCAACAGAGACACCACGCAAUACUUGGCCGAAGAGCUCGGUAUGUGGGUCGACUAUGGCCCAGGACCCAACAAGCACACAUGGGGCGCGGCGCUGCUCUCCAAAUUCCCAAUCGUCAACUCAACGCAUCACCUCCUGCCCAGCCCAGUUGGCGAGCUGGCACCAGCGAUCCACGCCACGAUUGACGCCUACGGUGAGCUGAUCGACGUCUUCGUCUUUCAUUCUGGCCAAGAAGAGGAUCCCGAAGACCGUCGGCAGCAGUCUGAGUACCUGUCGAAGCUGAUGGGCAGCUCGCCUCGGCCUUCAAUCCUGCUGUCCUACCUGGUCAUCGACCCUGGCAAAGGGAACUACAAUACCUACGUCAGCGACCAGAGUGGCAUGCUGGACAUUGAUCCGAGUGACGAUGAUCGAUGGUGCGAGUAUAUUCUCUACAAGGGCUUGCGGAGGUCAGGAUACGCGAGGGUUAGUCGCGGGUCGAUUACGGAUACUGAGCUGCAGAUCGGCAAAUUCGUCGUCGGCGAGCCUGAGAACGGCAACAGACUGUUGUCGGAGGAAGAAGUGCCGGCAGGCCUGCGCUUCCCGGAGCUCUUCAAGGGCAAGGGCGUGCGUGAUCAUCGUUAUCAUGUGUUCGACGAGCCGAAGUACUUCUUAUAG